AUGCUUCAGCUUAAUCCGAGUUAUAAUUUUAAUGAUCUCUUGAUCACUCAAGGUUAAACAUAUAAAAAUAGUCUUUUAAUUGCAGAUCCUCAUUACAGAGUACUUUCAAUAACUAAUAUGAUAAGUUCACCUAAUAAUAUUGCAAUUAAAUCUGCUCAAAUAAUUAUUCAAGAAUGUCUACCAGGUUGUGCUGAGUGUUCAAAUAGCAACGAAUGUACAAAAUGCCUGCCAAGAAAUCUUCUUAAAUUGGGUAACUAGUGCAUAACUUAAUGCGGGGAUGUUGUAUUGCUUUUGAUUCAUCUAAAAGCAAUUGCUAAUCUUUGA